GACGCGCAUUGUGCAUUGUUGCCCGUAGUUACUCUAGUGGUAAACUUGAAGAGCAUUUUCCUAACCUCAAUAUUAUAGUUGAUAGAGAAUUGUAAAAGUAUCUCACAUUUAUCCUGCAAAUGGCAGGAGCAAAGCGAAUAAAUUUAGUGAAACAUGACGUGAUGCAAGAGGUGAAAGAUAUAACCGAAGAGAAAGAAAGAAAAGAUAUGGAAGGCGUGAGUGGCAAUGGGGAAACAGCUGAACAACCAGUUUAUCAAAUACGACCUCAACUUUAUGAGAAAUUUAAACCUCUAAGUGCAAAAGAAAUAAUUCACGAUGUAUUGUUUGAUCAACUUGCUACAAAAUCAUAUGACGCACAGGCAGCUGCUCAAUGGACCAAAGAUAUAGCAGAUAAUAUUGAGAGAAAAAUCAAAGAUUUACAGUUUAAUAGAUAUAAAUAUAUUGUAAAUGUAAUUUUGGGACAGCAACAUGGAGCGGGUGUAAAAAUAGGUACAAGAUGCAUUUGGGACGCAGAAGCUGACACUUAUGCUUAUGAUAGUUAUGUCAAUGAUACUAUAUUUUGCGUGGCUAUAGUAUAUGCGAUUUAUUUUUAUUAACAUUUGCAAACAAAAGAACACAUUUAAAGUAAAGCGCAUGAUUGGAAAGAAAUAUUAAUAUUUGAGAAAAACAUCAGCAACUUUAUUAAAGUACAACCUGUUAUGUUACCAUACAGUAACAACAUAUGUUAUGACAUAAUUUUUUCGCAUAAUUAUUUAAAUAUUUGUAUCCACAAUGCAAUGUGCAUGAUUUAUGUUUGCAGCGAUAUUUAUACCCCUCCCCCUUUACAUACAUUUAUAAACUAAAAUUAUUAUAGCACCAUAAUUCACGGUAAUAUAUCAUUAAAACUCA